AUGGCAUCUCUCCCCCUGCGAGGCACUGAAGCCUCAAUUUAUAUUAUCCCGGAGCCUGAUUUUUCCAUAGAUCUCGAUGCUCCUGAUGCCCAGUGGCCGGAUGUAGAGCCACCACCUGAGUUUUUCCAGGUCCCUGUUCGUAAAGAACAGGAAGGGUUGAAAGAAGAAGAAGAAGAAGAAGAAGAAGAAGAAGUCAAUUUGGACGAUAUCUGGGCGGCUGCGGCCGUGGACUUCGAGCAGGCGGAGCGUCUGGCCCGUUUAUCCUUGAGGGGAGAUUUAUACUCCCAUUUACCUCACUCUACCGUCAAUUGGUCAAUUGGGGGUAAACAUAUUUGUCGGGUUGAGGAGUGCCCCAAAUAUGGGGUCAGCUUUAGAAUUUUGGACGGCCUGAAGAAACAUCUAAAUACCCAGAUGCAUAAGGAGCUCGACCGGACCCUGGCCUCGCGGUUUAUUACUCCGCCCCCCGAGCCACAACCCGAGGUGCCUCCUCCACGGCCAACGAAGCGGCCUGUGUCACCUUCAGAGUUUUGGGAGCCCCGAGUUCGGGCCAGAUUGGGAACCUGGCUCGCAACGGAGGGUAUUUUGCCGGAUUCCGAGGAUGGUAUGGAUUCCGAGGAUGAUGGGAACUCUGUCGGUGGCCAGGUCGUGGAGGUCGCGGGGAGUUAG